GCUGUAGUGUUGCCACUGCUCCUCUGUUUAGCUCGAGCAAGCGUUUUCGUUCGUCACUUCUUUCUCUCUCUUUUCCCUCCUCAUCGAUCAAUCGCAAACGCUUUGGGCGAUUCCUUCGAUUGAUUGAUUCCAUGGAGGCGGGAGUGGGAUUCAAUCGGCUGCUGGUGAUAGUGCUGAUGCUCGUCGCGGCUUUGGCUGCGCUGGAGGGCAUUUCUGGCGCGGAUGGAGCGAGCAUCGGCGUGAACUACGGGAGAUUGGGCGACAAUCUCCCAUCGCCGGCGCAAGUCGUGGCGCUGCUCAAAUCCAACAACAUAACCAAGGCGCGCAUCUUCGACGCCGAUCCCGCAGUGAUCCAGGCCUUCGCAAACUCGGGCAUCGAUCUGAGCGUCUCCAUCCCCAACGAGCAGCUCCAGCAAAUCGCCUCCAGCCCCGCCGCCGCCAAGGCCUGGCUGGACGCCUCCAUCGCCCCUUUCAUCCCCGCCGUCCGCUUCCCCGCCAUCUCCAUCGGCAACGAGGUCCUCACAAACAACGCGCGGUACGCCCCCUUCCUCCUCCCGGCCCUCCAGAACGUCCAGUCCGCGAUACAGUCGCACACCGCGCUGCGUACCGCCGGCACCGUGGUCUCCACGCCGCACGCCUUCAACGUCAUGGACGCGUCAUCCUUCCCGCCCUCCAACGGCGCCUUCAACGCCACCAUCGCCCUCAAGCCAGUGGUGGAUUUCCUGUCCACGUCAGGCAGCCCCUUCAUGAUCAACGUCUAUCCCUUCUUCAGCUACGCCGGUGACCCGACCAACGUACCGCUGGAAUACGCGCUCUUCGGCUCCGACCCGGGCGUCACGGACGCGCCCGCCAACCUCCACUACAGCAACAUGUAUGACGCAAUGGUGGACACGGUGACGUCAGCGCUCACAAAGCUCGGCUACCCGAAUAUGCCCGUGGUGGUAACCGAGACCGGGUGGCCUAGCAAGGGGGACGAGCCCGGCGCCACUACCGCCAAUGCCGCACGGUACAACCAGAAUCUCAUCCGGCAUGUGGUGUCUGGUGUGGGCACUCCCGCGCGGCCCGGCGUCACGGCGGAGACUUACAUUUUUGCGCUGUUCAACGAGGACCAAAAGACCGGGCCGGUGUCCGAGAGGAAUUUUGGGCUGUUUGAGCCCAGCCUGGCCCAAGUGUAUACCAUCACACUCUCAUAGUUGGUGCUUGCCUUAAGAUUCUUUUUCUUUUUUUUUUCGAUCUAGAAGGAUGAUGGUGUGAUGUCUAAUAAGUUCGAUGGGAUUUACCACGCGAUUGAAGAAAAAAGUUGUUUGUUUGCU